AUGUGGUUUGGGACGGGGGACAGCCCCCCGCCCCAAGCUGCCACUUCUGAGGUGCUCUUUCGUGCGCUUCCCCCCCCACCACCCAGAGUCCAAGAUAUUGAGAGAAGAAAGUCUGAAAGUCUACGCCUGUUCCAGAAGUUGAAUUUUUCUGGGGAAAGAAGAGUGCUUAGCCCAGGCUGGAGACCCCUCCCCAGGCCGCGGAGACGAGCAGAGUCCCCAGGAAGGCCCUCCCUGUCCCUACCUCCCUUAGGGCACCCCAGGACUCAUUGGACCCCGUCCCCACUUCAAUCGGGGGCCCUCGCCUCUCACCGCGGUCAGCGGGACGUCCAGGACGCAGCAACCACUACUUCAAGGCCAGCUCCAAAACCGUCCUGGGCCGGACCAAGACCAGCGUUUAUAUUUGGGGGCGGGCGCCUGGGACUGACGGGUCGAAGGACCAAUCUGGUUGGGGGCCGCCUGCCGCCAAGCCACGCCCCUCGCCCGGCUUGGGACUUUGGAGCCACAACUGAAGUCCUGGAAAGGCUGGACAAGGGCGGCCGUGGGCGCACCCUCCGGACUGUGCAUCCAGUUGGCGACACCCGUACGACCCCGGAGCCAGCCCAGGAGAGUCCCCUCCCCGUCUGGGACCGUGGGAACUCGGCGAUGGGAGAUGAUCCUAGAGUCCCCUGUCCUUACCCAAUCGAGGCUCUGAGAACUCAGAGAUCAUUGCGUGAGGCCUCCCGUAUGUCAGGCGCCACCACUCCAUCCCGACCCCUCCGAACGAGGGUGAUGGAGCCGGCCCCAUCUAGCAUUAUGAGCAACUUGCCCUGA